AUGGGCCGCACCUUGAGAAUUAACUUAUCAGGUUACAACCCUAACAAACACAGAGAGUUAUGAGGUAGCGGAAUUAGAAGAGAAAACACUUUGUUUGUCAGUAAUCUCCCUUAUACUGCUGACGAAAACAACUUGACUGAUUUCUUCAGUGACUUUGGACCGAUAAAGAGUGUGAGAUUCUCAUAUGACCAGGAUGGAAAUAAACGCGGAUUUGCCCACGUCGUGUUUGAGACAGCUGAUUCUGCGGAUGCAGCAAGCAAGCUGAAUGGGAGUGAAUUAGAAGGGAGAGAACUCAGAAUUGAUAAGAUGUAG